CACAUGGGGGCUUUCACUCCUCCAGGGCCGGCUGCUGGCGGGAUGGGCAUCCUGGAAGGGGUGAUUUGGGCCAACGGGAGCACAGCCCUGCCCCCACCCGUGGCACCCAACAUCAGCGUGCCGCAUCGCUGUCUGCUGCUGCUCUAUGAGGAUAUCGGAACCUCCAGGGUCCGGUACUGGGACCUCUUGCUGCUCAUCCCCAAUGUGCUCUUCUUCAUCUUCCUGCUCUGGAAGCUUCCAUUCGCUCGGGCCAAGAUCCGCAUCACCUCCAGCCCCAUUUUUAUCACCUUCUAUAUCCUGGUGUUCGUGGUGGCGCUGGUGGGCAUCGCCCGGGCCGUGGUGUCCAUGACGGUCAGCACCUCGGAUGCUGCGACUGUUGCCGAUAAGAUCCUGUGGGAGAUUACCCGCUUCUUCCUGUUGGCCAUCGAGCUGAGUGUGGUCAUCCUGGGCCUUGCCUUUGGUCACCUGGAGAGCAAGUCAAGCAUCAAGCGGGUGCUGGCCAUCACCACGGUGCUGUCCCUGGCCUACUCUGUCACCCAGGGGACACUGGAGAUCCUGUACCCUGACGCCCACCUGUCGGCUGAGGACUUCAACAUCUAUGGGCAUGGGGGCCGCCAGUUCUGGCUGGUCAGCUCCUGCUUCUUCUUCCUGGUCUACUCUCUGGUGGUUGUGCUCCCCAAGACCCCGCUGAAGGAGCGCAUCUCCCUGCCUUCGCGAAGGAGUUUCUACGUGUAUGCGGGCAUCCUGGCGCUGCUCAACCUGCUGCAGGGGCUGGGAAGCGCGCUACUCUGCGCCGACAUCAUCGAGGGGCUCUGCUGUGUAGAUGCCACCACAUUUCUCUACUUCAGCUUCUUUGCGCCCCUCAUCUACGUGGCCUUCCUCCGGGGCUUCUUUGGCUCGGAGCCCAAGAUCCUCUUCUCCUACAAAUGCCAAGCGGACGAGGCCGAGGAACCAGACGUGCACCUGCCCCAGCCCUACGCCGUGGCCCGGCGGGGAGGCCCCGAGACAGCAGGGGCUGCUAGCACACAGUUUGACUCGGCCGGUGGGGCAGCCUGCCUGGACGACGUUGCGUCCAUGCCCUGCCACACGGGCAGCAUCAACAGCACAGACAGUGAGCGCUGGAAGGUUGUCAGUGCCUGAGUGUGACCACCGUGGCCGGGAGGCCUGCUGGGGCCUGUGCAGGCCAGGCUGGAGAGAAGACCAGGGAGUGCCAAGUCGCUGGGGGAGGAGGAUGAGGUCACGGGACCUUCUGUGGGCAGCAGCCCCACGCAGGCCCUGUCUCGCCUUCUGUGCCUCCAGUUGCCUUUGGCCACCUCUGCUCUAGCUGGGGGCUGCUUCCCCCUUCCACUUCCACCUGCCCUCUCCCUGCUCAGCAACAUGGCCCAGACUCUGAUCUCUCAGGGCCAGGCCUGGCUAGGCUGGCUGAGGGCACCUCCUUUCUCCAAAGCCUGGGCACCCAGGGCCGGUCUGGCCCUUCUCAUCCCUCUGCCUCCUCCCCAUGGCGCUUUGGCCUCCUCAAAGCCCACUCCGGUGGGUGGGCUGAAGUGUGUAUAUUUUCUUGAUCUAUUUUUUAAUAAAAAACAAGGAGCAGAAGGUGCGGCUGUGGAGGUUCCUCUUAGGAGCCCGAGGGCUGGGGUGAGAACCUGCGACAAUCAGAGGUCCUGGCAGGUCCCUCUGCGUCCCGAGCCCUGGGAGGCUCUGGGCUCCUUUUGCUCAACGGAGAAACACUGGCCAGUGCACAGGCCCUAGGCUGGCUGCUGGGGAAGUGGGGGGCAAUCGGAUCCCAGUGCUCCGUGUCCCAGGCGCUUGUCCGAGCAGACAAGAGGGACGUAGAAAGGGAACCAUGGUUCUGUGAGCAGCUGUUUCCCCACCCGGUUGCGGAGCAUGGGGUUUGGAGUGAGCCCUGCAGGUCCCGUCCUUUCUCUGUGCCUUCUGCUCUGCCCUCCUGGACUGGCCGCUUCCCCUCCCCUAGCUCCAGCUCGCCAUCCAUGAAAUGGGGAUAAGGAGGCCUGUCUUGGCAGGGGCUGCUAUAAGGAUUAGGAAGUAGUGAAGGGCUGGUAGAUGCUUAUGGAGCAGUAGCGAUAACUCGAUUGUUUUUAACCCCUAGAGUAGUGCUUGCCACAUAGUAGGCACUCAGAAGGUACAAUGACAGGGACUGACAUGAUCAGAAUUGAUGUGAUAAGCUAAACAUGGGGCUAAGUCAGAAUAAAGCAAGCUGUAAACGA